GAGUGUGGAUUAAGGCUAGCGGAGCAGAGCGGAGCGGAGAGAGAGAAAAGGGAACCCCGCGGGAUUUUCGGUGCUUACAUUUAAGCUGGUCCACUGGCUCCUCCCUCCAUUCCUCCAUCUCCAGUGAGCUCCUCCGUCAGUGGGACUCUUACUUCUCUGGGGGCUCUGGAACCUGCUGCCGGGUUGCCUGGAUCAAGUGACGGGACGGGCUGAGUGGCACGGGUCUGACUGAUUGGCUGAUUGGCAAACUAGAAAGUAACUGAGAGCAGAAAGGACGGGAGGGCCUCCUCACUAAACGUAGUGGGUGUGUGUGUGUGUGUAGGACCAGGGGGUACAGUGGAUACACGGCAGAAGCUGAACCUCAAGUUCUUCUAGAGUUUCUCCAGACAGGGAAUUCCUGAUGCUGGAGGCUUGAGUCUCCCAUUUUGGGCUUGUUCUCUCUCAUCUGAUCACUUUGCUAAAGUUUCCACUGGUGGAGUUUACAGCCAAAGACUGAGAGAGGCCAGGUAGAACCAACUGCACUGCACUGCUGACAACCAACUCAAAUGAAUGCCAACAGUAUGCCUAAGCAAGUGGAGGUAAGGAUGCAUGAAAGCCAUUUGGAGCCCAUCGAGGCUGCCCCGCAGUCCAGAUGUGGCCGCCUGUUUGGGAGCCUCUGCAAGAACUUGCUGCUCACACUCACAGUGAUGGGUGUGAUCCUGGGUGCCGUCUCAGGAAUGCUUCUGCGUGUGGCCUCACCCAUCAACCCGGACAUCGUCAUGGUGAUCGCCUUCCCUGGUGACAUCCUUAUGAGGAUGCUGAAGAUGCUCAUUCUUCCCCUUAUUAUUUCCAGUCUGAUCACAGGACUGGCUGGCUUGGAUGCCAAAUCCAGUGGUCGUCUAGGCACCAGGGCGAUGGUCUACUACAUGAGCACCACCGUCAUCGCUGCUGUCCUGGGUGUGAUCCUGGUCCUGGUCAUCCACCCCGGAAACCCCAAGAUGAAAGAGCAGCUGGGGGAGGGGCACAAACAUGACGACGUCUCCAGCUUGGAUGCCUUCUUCGAUCUCAUCAGGAACCUGUUCCCCGAGAAUCUCGUCCAAGCUUGCUUCCAGCAGAUUCAGACAGUCACGAAGAAGGAGGAAGUCAUUGAGGCCGAAGUGAACAGCACCCUGGACGACUUUAUCACCAACGCCACCAAGGCGCCAGCUGUUUUCGUCGUCAAAAAGACUCUGCAGUUCAAGAGUGGGAUGAACGUGUUGGGCCUGAUUGGUUUCUUCAUCGCCUUUGGAAUCUGCAUGGGGAAGAUGGGCGAGAGGGCUCGCCUCAUGCUUGAGUUCUUCAACAUCUUGAACGAGAUCGUCAUGAAGCUGGUUCUCCUGAUCAUGUGGUACUCUCCCUUCGGUAUUGCCUGCCUGAUCUGCGGCAAAAUCAUCUCGAUUAAAGAUCUGGAGGUGGUUGGUAGGCAGCUGGGGAUGUACAUGGUAACCGUCAUCGUCGGGCUCAUCAUCCAUGGAGCCAUCUUCCUGCCCGCCAUUUACUUUGCCAUUGUGAGAAAAAACCCCUACAAAUUCUUCCUGGGCAUCUUCCAGGCGUGGAUCACAGCUCUGGGAACUGCUUCCAGUGCUGGAACUCUGCCAGUCACCUUCCGUUGCCUUGAGGAGAACCUGGGCAUUGAUAAGAGAGUGACCCGUUUCGUCCUCCCCGUCGGCGCCACCAUCAACAUGGACGGGACUGCCCUCUAUGAGGCUGUGGCAGCCAUCUUUAUUGCCCAGAUGAACGGCAUCUACCUUGACCCGGGCCAGAUUGUGACCGUCAGCCUCACUGCCACACUAGCCAGUGUAGGGGCGGCCAGUAUUCCCAGCGCCGGCCUGGUGACCAUGCUACUGAUCCUGACAGCCGUUGGCCUCCCCACACAGGACAUCAGCCUGCUGGUGGCAGUCGACUGGCUGCUGGAUCGCUUCCGCACUUCGGUAAAUGUGGUCGGAGACUCCUACGGAGCCGGAAUCGUGUACCACCUGUCCAAGCUAGAGCUGGAUGAGCUGGAUGCCCAGCACGGCAAGUCAGAUGACAUCGAGAUGAUGAACAAGACCCCGUCCUACUACGACGACCUCAAGAACCACCACGAAAACAACUCCAACCAGUGCGUCUAUGCCGCUCACAAUUCAGUACUGGUAGAUGAAUGCAAGGUAACCUCGGCCGCUAACGGUUCAACUGCUGCGGAGUACACACUUGUUGAGGAGGAACCGUGGAAACAAGAAUAAUGCAAGCACACACAUCCCCAGCACCUGAGUCCACAAGCUUUCCUAUUUGGUGUAAAAGGAAACGGAAAAAUAAUGUCAUUCAAAUGGAAGAAGUACUGUUUUUAUUUUAGUUCUACUGUUCUUGUUGUUGUUGUUGUUGUUGUUGUUCUUGUUGAUGAUGAUGAUGAUGAUGAUGAUGAUGUUUCUUUUUUUAAUAUUCCCCUUUGUUUUUUAAAAGAAUAUUUAACAAAUCAUCUGGCUGACUGAAAGAACUAAUACUAAUUCUGAAACAGGAAUAUUAAUACUCCAUCGGUUAGUGUUCUAAUGUCUGCACGGUAGCUAACUCUUGCACAAUGGACAUCAAGGCUCGGGAGGGUAAACUAAGGGAGAAAAAAAACAAAUAUCUACCUUAAAUUAUUCAUAAAUAUAAUAUAUAUGCAUACUAUGUACGUGGUAGCUGUGACAGCAUGUCGAUGAGGGUGGCGGGGAAUGGGAAAAGAGGGGAGGGGAGCAGUACUGCAUCUACUGAGCUUUCACAAACAACCCCCCCCCCCAAAAAAAAGAACAAAUCUCUGACCCCCUAUUCCACUUUGGGUGAAGCAAUAGCCUGCUGCUUAGAGAGAUCUGCCCCCUUGGGCCUUUACCUCAUGCGAUGCCCCCCCCCCCCCCCCCCCCCCGAUAAAUAAACAAUAGUGGACAGCCACUGGUCAAUGAACACCCCCGACAUACCCCCUCUACUGAGGCACACUCCCUACCCCUGCUCUCUUCCCAGGGUCGAACCUCACUGACCCUCCUCUCCCGGGGGGUUUAUCUCCUUACCCCUCUACCUGGAAAACCACUAUCCUCUUGUCUCUAUGGGAUUACCUCUCCACUCUCCUCUCUCUCUCUUCUGCCCUUUUCAUCCCUCCUUCUUCUCUUGAUUACAUCCCCUCUCUCCUGUGUGUUACCCUAGGAGAAGGGGGGGGGGGGAGAAAUUAGUUUAAAUACUGAUGCAAAUCUUAUCUGUGUAGUUAUUGUGACCUAUGAGAAUGAUGACGUAGGCUGUGGCAUGUCGGCCUUAGAGGCAUGUUUGGGACCAAACGCACAAAUGAUCUACAUACCCUUCUAAGUCAGAAACACCACUGAAGAAAAAAAAACCCCAACAUUUUAGAGGAUUACCUUAUAAUUCAAGCACAAUCCUUCUUUGGCUGUUUACUGCUGUCAAAGCACACUCUCUCCAAUCUGAAGGCAGUUACACCUUUUCUGAAAUGCUGAACACUGCCUAUGACUGUAAGUACAGUCAGCUAGAACAGAGACCAGAUCAAAAGUGCCAAUCAGCUUUUAGUCACUGGAUCUGUGGAGAUCACACAGUGAGUGCGGAGAGCACACUGUUUCGUUAGGUAACCUUAAAAGCUACGCUGGACAUGCACAAUGUUCUCUUGGCAUUGACAUGUUUGGCAGAGAGAUGGUAUGUGCGCCAAACAAAGCAUUCUGUCUCCGAGCUUUAAUGGUUUAGACCAUAAAAAAAAGAACCUGAAGAGGUCCUGACCUCCAGCUCGGUGGUGGUUAGGGAUAACACCUAUACCCUGAAACCCACAGAUGUGCUCCCAUCAGCUGUUUACCUAUUCACAGUCAUACAAUUGAAGUGGAUUUCUUACAUUGCCAAAAUGCCUACUGCCUUUAUAUAUUCACACAUAUAUAUGUAAUACAACUUAUAUCACAUUUAAUAUAUUGACUGUUUACAGACCAUUAAAAAUCUAUUUAGCUAAGUAUAUUGUAAGGAAAAAAAAGACAACUCAACUUUUUAAACUGGAGAUAUGAAAAGCACACAGGAAAGGGUCUUAUCAAGGGUAGCAUUCCAGUAUCAUUUCCUUGAGCUCUUUUCCUUUUAAAGCACACAGAUAAAUGGUUAGACUUGAAAACAUCACACAAUAACUGCUAAAACUGCUGUAUAGUUGCACAGAGCUAACAACACAAAUAUUGCUGUGUUCCUCUGAAAAAAGUUCUCCUGAUGUGGAAGACAAUUUUUAGACGCAGCAUUUACGCUGUUUAGGAACUCUCUGUAAGGGGAACUAUCCUCCCAUUUUUGAGCCUUGAACUUCAUUCCUCGACUGUUCUCACCGCCCCGUAAUGCUGCAGCAUACAGGCUACACUCACGUCAGCGUCGGCCAGAUCAGGGAGCCCAAUCGGCUGAGCUGUCAACUCAAGCUCUUGCCACGGAGAAGUCUUUCCCUCUCAAGGAACCAAAUGGUGAAAGAUUCCACACACACACACACGCACACAAAUAGUUCGAACACUGGGUACAUUUGAGUGCUGCGCAAGAAAUACAUUUUCACGUUCUCAAGGUAUGGAUUCUGAUUUGAGAAUCGUGUAUGUUUUUUUUUAUUUUGUUUCAUUUAUUUUUUCUCUGCGCUCACUCGUCCUCGUUCGUCUCAGCUCAGUGACGACCUUGCCUUGAAGUUGUUUAACCACAGUAAGUGCGGUCAGAGAGGCAUCUCUAGAUCAUACUUUUAACAGUAGUAGCCUAACUCAGCAUUCAUUAUGUGCUCAUGAAGUCCCCUCUGUCUUUGUGGGGUUAGGGGGAGUGCUGUCACCCCCCUCCCCACUGCUCCCCCUUCUCCUCUUUCGGAAGAACCGGGGAGACAAUAUCCUCACGCAUUCGUGGACUUUCUCACCGUGUAGAUACUGUACCAGUAAAAUAGUGGCCACCAGAUCGUUGCGGCGCCCCAACGACCUCAAGUCCCGUGAGUGUGUAUGUGAGUACGCGAACAACAGCCGCCAUAUAGACGAGGGCCAGUAUAAAGCUCACAUAACCUCUGUGUGUUUAGUGACGAACCGGGGCAACGCAAUAGGCCAACUUCGAUAAACUCGCCAGUGUAGAAGCAUGGACCUUUUUUUCUUUCCGUUCUCUUUUGGACCAGUUUUCUGAGAAGCAUGGAAUUGAAGUGCCUCCCUGCACUUUGUGUACAUAUUGUAGGUAACUGAUUUUAUUUUCCGGCGAGGGGACAUGUAGAAAUAGCUUAUAAUUGAUGUGACUUUUUUGUAAUCCUAUAGGAAUACAUAUAUUAUAUGUUCUUCAUAAAAUGAAAUAGAUAGAUGAGAAGUGGAUAGAUCAGAAAGUGUAAUAAACGCCUGUUUUUGUUUCCUUUCAUGUUACAUCUCUGUUCCUAGCUGUUUCACUUAGCUGUUACAUAUUCAAUAUAUAAAUAUCUUUUUGUAUCUAAUGAAUGUUUUGAAUGUUUGGUCCCUUGAAGAUAAAAAGUUGUGUGUGCAUUCAUUUACAUUGUACAUAAAUAUAUAUAUGAUUUGCUCUGUUGAAUUUCAAUGCAGAAUGUUCUGGAGAUUGGCAUGACUCAAUCAGACACAAAACAAAUUGGAGGACGAGUCACAGUGCAGUUGCACUUGAUGUCCAUUGGGGGUGAUAUAACUUUGCUUGUGGAAUGUGGUUCUUACUUGUUAUGUGCCAGCUCUUCAGCACAGAUGUUGAGGAUUAAAAUUUAUACUCUGUGUACAUUAAACAGAAAAUAAAAGACUACUACUGCUGUUGUCAGAUCUGGCUGAAUGCUAAGAGAAGAGCUUGAAACAAAAACAAACAAGCAAGCUCAACUUCUAAAGAAUUCCCAAGGUGCAGCGCACUAUGGUAGAUAACAAAUACAUGACCUCUCUUAAAGAUCACCCCCACCAUGUGCCAUCAGUUUAAAUAAUAAGUGGAUGCUUGCUUUCGCAAGAGUUGAGCUGUCCCAGAUACUCAGCUAAUCUUUGGGCCUAACAUUUAAGCAGGAUGGAGAUGUUCUUGCAAAGAGUUGACCUAUAGUCAGUCAAGAGCAUAUCAACUUUUUAAAGGAUCACAAAAAGUCAGAUGUUCUAACCUUAACCCCCACCCCACCCCCUCUGUACCCCUAUGUCUUUUGGUACCUGCCAGCUCUCACCAGAGAGAGGCAGCAGACAGCACUCCACCCCUCAGUUUGGCAAAUUGGGAUUUUAGGGCAUGUGACCAAAAACAAGAGCCAGUAGGGAAACCAAUGAGUGGCGUGCUGUUGUUUGUCUUUGACAUGAAGACAUGUUGAGUCAAUCUGAUAACCUGUAUGUCCUUCAUCCCAUAUCUGUGCCCUGUGCAAACCUCACCCUGAUACUGUCCUCUGUGUGAAGCUCCUCUCAUCAUUUUCACCCAGGUUGAAAACGAUCGGGUCGGGACACAGUUGAAUAAGUACAAACAAGUAAAAUACAAUAAAAAAAACAACAACUACAGAUUUUUUUUUUCCGUUACCAGACCUGUGGUAUAAAAUGUCAUGUUCAUACAUAUCAGUAUGUGUUGUACCACUGGUGUACAUACAACUAUGAUAACUAAUAAAUGUUGAUUCAACUAAA